AUGGCUGCUGCAGUUUUUUUACUGAAUUUCUUUCAUGAAUUUUGCUUUGGCCGCCGAGGCUUCCCAUUCAUGCACCUUGCAACAACAGCUCCCAUGGUGUCAUACUACGAUUACAUUAUCAUCGGGGGAGGCACUGCAGGCUGCCCUUUAGCCGCCACACUCUCCCGAACCUCCUCUGUCCUUCUCCUAGAACGAGGUGGUUCCCCAUUUCGUGACCCAAACAUCACUCACUUAUCUGCUUUUGGAGCAGUCCUCUCCAACCUCUCCCCAAGAUCCCCCUCUCAACGUUUUGUAUCAGAAGAUGGUGUCAUCAACGCCAGGGCCCGUGUUCUAGGAGGUGGAAGCGCAUUAAAUGCUGGGUUCUACUCACGGGCUGGCUCAGAAUACAUAGCCAACGCCGGUUGGGAUGUAAUACUAGUUAAUCAGUCAUACAGGUGGGUUGAAAGGAUGGUGGCAUUUCAUCCUCCUUUGAGACAAUGGCAAUCUGCAGUAAGAAAUAGUUUGUUAGAGAUUGGCAUACGUCCGUAUAAUGGCUACACAUUAGACCAUUUGUAUGGUACAAAAGUUGGUGGUACAAUAUUUGAUUCAAAUGGGCGUAGACAUUCAUCUGCAGAUCUACUUCAUUAUGCAAAUCCUCGUAGCAUAAUCGUCUAUCUGCAUGCACCCGUUCAAAGAAUAUUAUUUACAGCCGCAGAGAAUGGGAGGCCUAGAGCAUAUGGGGUGAUCUUUGCAGAUGCAAGGGGGAGGAGUCAUUGGGCUUACUUAAGAAGAGGGGCAAAAAAUGAAAUUAUAGUUUGUUCUGGGGCACUAGGAAGCCCACAACUUCUAAUGUUGAGUGGGAUAGGACCAGAGGAACACCUUGAGGCCCGUAAUAUACCGGUGGUGUUAAACCAGCCCUUGGUGGGUCAAGGGAUGUCCGAUAAUCCAAUGAAUGCAGUUUUUGUUCCUUCUCCUAGACCCGUUGAGGUGUCUCUCAUCCAAGUUGUUGGUAUCACUCGCAAUGGAAGUUACAUAGAGGGCGCGAGUGGUGCACCUUUUGCUAGUGAACCUCAAACCAAUCAAGAUUUUGGGAUGUUUUCUCCAAAGAUUGGACAACUCUCGACAUUGCCACCAAAACAAAGAACUGAAAAGGCAUUAAAUAGAGCGAUAGAGGCAAUGAGGUUGCUCCCACGAAGUGCAUUCGUGGGCGGAUUUCUUCUAGAGAAAAUAAUGGGCCCGCUUUCAAGGGGUCAUCUUGAGCUUCAAUCUAUGGACCCAAACGACAACCCUUCAGUCACAUUUAACUACUUCAAAGAUCCCCGCGACCUUCAAAGGUGUGUGGAAGGGAUUAAAAUCAUAGAGAAGGUAAUUGAAUCAAGAUCAUUUUCAAGAUUUCGAUACAAUUAUGUCCCAACCUCAACUCUUCUAAAUAUGACGGCUAAUGCACCUGUUAAUAUGUUGCCUAAACACGCAAACGCAUCAAGAUCUUUAGAACAAUUUUGUAGAGAUACGGUUAUGACCAUAUGGCAUUACCAUGGAGGGUGUCAAAUUAACAAAGUGGUGGAUAGAGAGUAUCGGGUUAUGGGUGUGGAUGCACUUCGGGUCAUUGAUGGAUCCACUUUUGAUUACUCUCCUGGAACUAAUCCACAAGCUACCGUAAUGAUGCUAGGAAGGUACAUGGGAGUUAAAAUGUUGCGAGAGAGACUUGCAAAAAACGAUGGACGAACCCAUUUAUGA